GUUAAUUAUCAACUGUGAACCACAAACAUUCGACCUAGCGCAAUGGCUGUGCGGUUGUUCUUUUUACUACAGGUUUUAAGUUGUUUGGCAGCAGUCACAGCCUCUCCAAUCGGUUGCAGCAUCCGUCACAAACUCCCGAUCCUCAGCGAACGGCAACCGUUUCCUUCAGUGUACAAAAUUGUUCGCGACCGGGCACGGGAACAACUGAGCAAUGAUACGCGAUACGAAGAGGUGUGCAUCAUCGCUAGCCUGACAAGGGGAAGUUUGAGCGUCAGACGAACGUUCCCUGCCCACCGAACGAUAGAGCUGUUCUAUCCGAUGAUCCCAUUCUUUGGACCCAACCUGUUUGCCCGCCUCAAUGCAACGACCGUUAGUCUCGAGCUGCGCAAGGGUACCAUCAGUGAGCUGUACUUCGGAUCGGCGAACCACCUGGAAAGCCUUAAGAUCAGUGACAUCGGGCUGAGCACGUUUAAUGUCGUGCCGGAAACGAACUCGAUUCUGCGCGCCCUUACCAUACACGAUCGCAAGCUAAGCACGAUCACACCCAACAUUCGCUAUCUGGAGGAGCUGCAGCUGUUGGAUCUUUCCGGUUGCUCGCUUACAGUGUUUGAUCUCGAGCUGGUGCAACCGAUGCGCUGGUUGACGGGGCUGAACCUGGCCGAAAAUCAGUUGGAACUGAUCGACACCGUUGAAGAUCUCGUUCUUCCCGAGCUUCUAAUGUUCGAUGUGCAGCAGAACGAUCUGCAAGAGAUCAACCGAUUCCCGGAGAUGUUUCCCGGGCUAAAGUUCACGAGACUCGUACAAAACGAUUGGAAGUGCGAUUGGGUCAGCCAGGUAAGGGCAACGAUAUGGGCCCGCAACAUUACGGUGCUUGGAUCCGACUUUGGGUGUGGUACGCGGCCCAACAAUGGUGGACUCUGUUGCACACCGGCAGAGCGAACUGAAGAACGCAUCGCAAUCACCAAAACGAUGCUUUCGGUGCUAGCCGAACUGGAGUCAUCGGGUAGUAGCAUGGGUACCGGGGGGGAAAGCAGUACCGACACACCGCUUCUGAAGGUAAAAGUGUUUGAAAACGAUACCAUCGAAGGAGUGAUCGGUGUUGAGAUGCAAAAUGUAAGCAUCUACUUGCAAGAGCCAGUUCGAGUUGUCUAG